CUAUAAAUUUGCCUUCGCCACCCCCCCAUCUCAUUUUUCUGAGGUGGAGAAUUUCCCUCAACCCAAAAAACCCAGAUAACAGAGGAAACCCAUGUCAUAAUUUCCUCCAAUUUCCACUGAAAUUCAAUCUCAAUGGCCUUAUUCGCUCCCGCUCCUCCUCCUACCCUCUUCAAUUUAUCAUCAAAAUCCAAUCUUUGCUACAAACCUCAGCUCAGUUUGUUCCACAAGAAAUCCCCACCUCUGCUGAGGUCUGCUGCUGAUAAUGGAGCUGGGGUUGUAGUGGAGGAGAAAUUGGAGAAGGAGGAGGAAGAAACCCAAGAGACCAAUUUGGGUUUGGGGGAUAAUGGGGUUGCUUUGAAGGUAGAGGCUCCUCCUCCUUCUUUCAAAGAUCCUAGAUGGGUUAAGGGGACUUGGGAUUUGCAGCAGUUUCAGAAAAAUGGGAGCACUGAUUGGGAUGCUGUGAUUGAUGCUGAGGCCAGGAGAAGGAAAUGGCUGCAAGAUAAUCCCGAAUCAUCAAACAAUGAUGAUCCUGUAGUCUUUGAUUCAUCGAUAGUACCUUGGUGGGCAUGGACGAAAAGGUUUCAUCUCCCUGAAGCUGAAAGACUAAAUGGGAGGGCUGCAAUGAUCGGCUUUUUCAUGGCCUAUUUUGUGGAUAGCUUAACCGGCGUAGGCCUCGUUGAUCAGAUGGGAAACUUUUUCUGCAAGACUCUAUUAUUCGUCGCGGUUGCAGGAGUACUGCUAAUAAGAAAGAAUGAAGACAUUGAGACCCUGAAGAAGAUCUUUGAUGAAACAACUUUCUAUGAUAAGCAGUGGCAAGCAAGUUGGCAAGAGGAUGGAUCAACUGGUGCUAAAACCAAAUAGAAGUUUAUGUAUGGAUCAUUUUAUUAAUGUUUUUCGCCCUAGUAUUCUCUUUUUUUUUUUUGCCCCCCACCUUCAGUAGAUGUAUCUUUUGCAAGUGUUAUGUCGUUCUGCAUGGCUGUUUUAGUUUAGCAGUCUGUAACUUCUUGAAUAGGGAAGAACUGGAUGCUUGUUAUCAUGUUAUAUCCUUGUUUUAAUUUGUAUUCUUUUAUUAUAUGACCUGUUUAUGA